GCCGACUUUGCCCUAGAUUUAUAUUCGUCCUCGUCCUUUGGCUCUAACCCUUUUGCCGCCUCUCCUCCUCUACGUCUAUCUAGCAUUCGCUGCAACCUCGACCUCUCUUGGCAAGCAAAACAUCAUAGUUUUUACUGAUUCUGCGUAAGCGCGAUCAACAUGGUUCUCCAAAACGAUAUUGAUUUGCUUAACCCACCAGCUGAGCUCGAGAAGAAAAAGCACAAGCUCAAGCGCCUCGUGCAGUCCCCUAACUCAUUUUUCAUGGAUGUCAAGUGUCAAGGUUGUUUCAACAUAACCACCGUGUUCAGCCACUCACAAACUGUUGUGGUGUGUGGGAACUGCCAGACUGUGUUGUGCCAGCCUACUGGUGGCCGUGCUAGGCUUACUGAAGGGUGUUCCUUCAGGAGAAAAGGAGACUGAAGAUCAACACGCUGCUGUAAGCAAAGGAACUGGGCAAUUGUGGGUUUAUUUCAGACUUUGUUUUUUGCCUUUUAAUGGUUACUUCUCUAGGUUUGGAUUUUCAAUUUUGAGAGCUACAAUACCGUGUUGUUGUUGCAGUUUAAUUUUACGGGUCCUUCGCAAUGAGAAACACUAUAGUCACUAGUCAGUCACUGUUUAUAUCUCUACCUUUAAAUGCUCAUGCCUCUGGUAUUACUUCCCUUGCUCGUUAAUUAUUAUUAGUUGUGGAUGCAUACGUGAAAAUGAACCCGCUUGCUGCGA